UGAGUACCUCAAUGCGCUUCCAAGCCAACGUCAUAGCAUCUAGGACCAUCACCCGAGGCUUUGGACGCUUCUUACACUACGAUGGAACACCUUCCUCUUAUGCAAGCAAUUCUGCCGACUACUUGGGAGAUGCACUUGACCCGAACAUUGAAACGGUAGAUUUAGCCUACGAUUUGUACGAGGCAGAAACGAAGACCUCCAACAGUCCAUUGAUCAUUUUGCACGGGAUUUUUGGUUCUGGAGUAAACCACCGAACUGCUGGCAAGAUUUUGGCAUCUAAGUUGAAGCGUGAUGUUUAUUCUCCGGACUUGAGGAACUUCGGCCGGUCUCCCCAUAUCAAAAGGUUAGAUUAUCCGAGCCUAGCUGCCGAUGUGGAGCGGUUCAUUGAAAACAAAAACCUCGAGAAACCAGUGGUGAUAGGUCAUUCAAUGGGAGGGAAGACUGCCAUGGCAUUGGCAUUGAGAAGACCCGAUCUUCUCAAAAUGUUAAUAUCGGUGGAUAAUGCACCAGUUGCAUUCAGCUCCACAAGCUCAACAUUUGUCAAGUACAUCGGUGCUUUCAAAAGAGCCACCGAGAAUUAUAAGUUUACAAACAUUAAAGAUGUGGACAAGGAAUUGGCCAAAGUUGAACCCAACCAGUACAUAAGACAGUUUUUAUUGACAAACAUGAACAGAGGGAAGAAAGACGAUGUUAUUACCAGUAAGGUUCCAUUGGAUAUCAUCAAUGAUGCGUUGCAUGCUGGACUCAUUGCUAGUUGGCCGUAUGACCCUAGUGUUUGCCGGUGGACAAAAGGGCCUGCUUUGUUCAUCAGAGGUACCGAGUCUGACUACGUUCCAGAUGAAUAUAUUCCAGAUAUUGGCCGGUUUUUUCCUAAUUUCGAAAUCAGAGAUGUUAAGGCAGGCCAUUGGGUUAUCAGUGAAAACCCCAAAGACUUUGUAGAUACGGUGGUGGACUUUGUGGUUAAACACGAAGAUUAGGAGAUAGGCAGUUCAUUAGAAUAUUCACUCUAUAAAUCCAUGUAGUAUUCCCACUAACCUACUUGUCGCCAACCUUGAUCGAUUCAUCACUAACGUAGUCAGGGUAAAUGUCGAAUCUACGUUGGAAAUGAACCGGAAUAGCUUCUCUGACUUUUGGUAAUAAAGAGGGAUCAAGCUCUGCGUAUAUGAUUUCUUCACCUUCACCCGCUUCACUGAUAAUGUUCCCAGCUGGAUCCACAACCAAAGAGUGGCCAUACGCUUGGUAUCCACCUCCUUCGACAUCUCUAGCGGGACUACACAAGACGGUGAAAAUCUGGUUGUCAACAGAUCUGGACCUGGCCAAUAAAUGCCAAUGCAUUGGACCAGUGGUGGUGUUGAAAGCACCGGGAUAAAACAUUCCAAACGAAUUGUAAGGGGACCUGGUGGCAAUUGUCGCCAAUUCAGGGAAUCUAAUAUCAUAGCAAAUUCCAAUACCAAUGUUUCCAAAAUCUCCUAACUUCAAAACAGUGGCUUUAUCUCCUCCCGUCAAACUCACCAGUUCUUUGAAAGUAAUUCCUCCAGGGAUGUCAAUGUCAAACAAGUGUGCCUUUCUGUGUUUAGCAAUGAGCUCACCAGUUGGAGAAAAUGUCAAUGAAGUAUUGUACACUUUACUUUCAGCUUCAUCCAAUUCAGGGAUAGAACCUCCAAUCAAAAACACUUUGUGUUCCUUGGCCAAACCUGACAAGAAACUGGUGGUUUCACCCGAUGGGAUGACUUCGGCGUAAUUGGCGAAUUGGUCAACUGCGUAAGGAGAAUUGAAACAUUCUGGUAACAUGAUCAAAUCUAACUUUCCUAUCUUUGACUCCUUAACGGCAUUGGCAAUAAACUUUUUCACUUUUGUCAAGUUAGCAGCUUUAUCGCUUCCAGCAGAUAUUUGGAUAAGGGCGAUCUUUAAAGAUUUGGCCAAUGGAGCUUUUACUAUGGAUGACAUGAAUGGCAAUGGUAUAUAAGUUGGAGUCAAUAAUACUA